AUAUCUGCAACCAUGACGGCGGAAGAGACCAUCAACAUCAAGGAGGUGGAGGUGAUCAAGCUGAUCCUGGACUUCCUGAACUCCAGGAGGCUUCACAUCAGUAUGCUGGCUCUGGAGAAGGAGAGCGGGGUUAUAAACGGACUCUACUCUGACGACAUGCUCUUCCUGAGGCAGCUCAUUCUAGAUGGCCAGUGGGAGGAGGUGAUGCAGUUUAUUCAGCCUUUAGAAGGACUGGACAAGUUUGACAAGAAAAGGUUUCGUUACAUAAUCCUGAAGCAGAAGUUUCUGGAAGCUUUGUGUGUGAAUAAUGCCCUGUCAGCUGCUGAGGAUCCUCAUAAUCUGGAGCACACCAUGCAAGAGGCAGUCAAGUGCCUCCACAGUCUGGAGGAAUUCUGCCCAACCAAAGAAGACUACAGCAAGUUGUGUCUCCUCCUCACCCUGCCUCGCCUCACCCAUCACGCUGAGUUCAAGGACUGGAACCCGAGCACGGCGCGCGUCCAUUGCUUUGAGGAGGCCUGUGUGAUGGUAGCAGAGUUCAUCCCUGCAGACAGGAAGCUGAGCGAGGCUGGCUUCAGAGCGAGCGGGAACCGCCUCUUCCAGCUGCUCAUCAAGGGGAUCCUUUACGAGUGCUGUGUGGAGUUCUGUCAGAGUAAAGCAACAGGUGAGGAGAUCCGAGAGGGUGAGGUGUUGCUCGGUGUGGAUUUACUCUGCGGAAACGGCUGCGACGAGCUAGAUUUGUCAUUGUUCUCCUGGCUGCAGAACCUCUCUUCAAGCGCUUUCACUUGUUCCUUUGAGCAAAAAACCCUCAAUAUCCACGUGGACCGCCUGGUGAAACCCAGCAAGGCUGGACACGCUGACCUCUUGACUCCAUUAAUCAACCGUCUGUCCCCGUGUCCGACCUCACCCUUUCACCAGAGACCUCAUUCAGCCGACACCUACAUGUCCAGAUCCCUCAACCCGGCCCUGGACGGCCUGUCCCAUGGACUGGCGGCUCAGGAUAAGAGGAGCAUGGAGAGCAACAUGAAGUCUGCUCUGAGCCGCAGUCUAGUGGAGAAUAAUCUGCAUCUGCAAGAUGAUUCACCUGAGAGGAAGCACCCACAGAGAGUGGUGGAUGGACCCAACACCAAGCGCACCCCUUUGACUCCUGGAAAAGACGGUGGACCACCCUGCAACACAGAAGCACCGGAGCUCCGUGAAUCCACAGAGCACAUCCAGGAGUAUUACAGGCAGCGUCUCCGUGUGCAGCAGCACUUGGAACAGAAGCAGCAGCAGAAGCAGCUCUAUCAGCAGAUGCUGCUGGAGGGAGGCGUCAAGCCGCAGGACGAAGCCCAACACAACCUCACCGAGACGUUCCUGAGCAGAUCCAUUCAGAAGUUGGAGGAGAUGAAUGUCGGUAUCGAUCCCAAAGGAGAGGAAGCGAUGUCAAAUCUGGGUCAGCAGUGGAACGGACUGACAGGAAACAGCAGCACUUCAAACUCCAGGACCACGAAUGACCGACACAGCACUGAAAAAGGGCCUGUGAGGGAAAAGGCAGGUGAGGUGAGCUGCAGCUCUGGGAGCCACGGCUUGUCGUCACUCAAUGAGUCGACACUUCCUAAAAGUCAAAGCGCUGAAAGAAUCAAAGCCACCACAGUUCAAGAUGAUUGUGGCUCGUCGACAACACGAAACAUGCAUGAGUUAGGAAAGCCCAAAACACAGUUUGUGAAGGUGAGUCAGCUCGAGGACACACAGGCCGUGCGCGCUGUGGCUUUUCAUCCGUCUGGAGCGCUGUAUGCUGUCGGCUCCAACUCCAAAACACUGAGAGUGUGUGCAUACCCAGAAACACUGAGCCCCAGUGGUUCUGGGGGUGUCAAGCAGCCGGUGGUCCGCUUCAGACGGAACAAACAUCAUAAGGGCUCAAUUUACUGUGUGGCGUGGAGCCACUGUGGACAACUGUUGGCUACUGGCUCCAAUGAUAAAUAUGUCAAGGUGCUGCCGUUCAACGCAGACACCUACAAUGCCACAGGCCCAGAUCUGGAGUUCAGCAUGCACGACGGUACCAUCAGGGACCUGGCCUUCAUGGAGGGCCCUGAGAGUGGGGGGUCUAUCCUGAUCAGCGCCGGAGCUGGAGACUGCAACAUAUACACCACCGACUGUCAGAGAGGGCAAGGCCUGCACGCCUUGAGCGGACACACAGGUCACAUUCUGACUCUGUAUACGUGGGGAGGGUGGAUGAUUGCCUCCGGCUCGCAGGACAAGACGGUCCGGUUUUGGGACCUGCGGGUGCCCAGCUGUGUUCGGGUGGUGGGCACAACUCUUCACGGAUCCGGAAGCGCAGUUGCUUCUGUGGCUGUAGACCCCAGUGGGCGCCUGCUGGCCACGGGACAGGAGGACAGUACCUGCAUGUUGUAUGACAUCAGAGGAGGACGCAUCGUCCAGACCUGUCGCCCCCACAGCAGUGACAUCCGCUCUGUUCGCUUCUCCCCCGGAGCCCAUCAUCUCCUCACUGGCUCUUAUGACAACAAAAUCAUCGUCAGCGACUUGCAAGGUGACCUAACGAAGCCCCUCCCUCAGACACUGGCAGGGGAGCACUGGGAUAAAGUGAUCCAGUGUAGGUGGCACCCGCACGACCAAACUUUCCUCUCCUCGUCGGCCGAUCGAACUGUCGUCCUCUGGGCUCAGAGCCUUUAAAAGUCAACUAACGAGUAGCAGUCGUCAUGAGAGCACAGUGUUUACCAUCACUCCAUUAUAGGAUCACAAUCAGCUGCCGGAAGGUGUGUGUGUGUAUUUGAAUGUUACUGUGUAUGUCUCUCUACAAGAAAAACAAAGUCAUUGUUUAAGGGUUAAUUUGAGUUUUAAAUACAUGGGAAAUAUUUUCUUGUUUCCUUUCAGAUUGUGAUUUUUUUAUGCAGCUCAAAUAUUAAAACACAACAAAAGAAGUGACACAUACUUUCUGUUAGAAGGCAUGAAUGAGUUCACGGCAAGCACACACUAAAAUGAGUUUGUAUUGUCUCCCAUGAACGCAGGCACAGUUUAUUCAAAACAUAAAGAAAAAGAAAAAAAUGACUGUAAUAAGUGCGGAACAUUUAUUGCAACAUUAAGUUUGUUAAGAUGCAACUCCUAUAUUUUCUAUCAGAAGCUGGGCCUAGACUCCAUGUUGAGUUAUGCAUAUCAUAACGUGCCUUUUUGUAACAGUUGUAAAGAGUUUUGGAUGUCUGAGU